AUGGCAGGGGAUGACGCGACAGGAUGGCACCGCAAGUGGGUCCUGCUGCUAGGACUGCUCGGGUGGCUGUUCCUGUAUCGGUACCGAGCGAUGGGCUGGCUGCUGUCCAAGGCCGUCUCCUUUCAGCUAUCCAAGUCUCGCUCGCGCAACUCGAAGCUCGGCCCGGUGACGGUCAGAGUGGAGCGAGUGUCUCUACAGCCUCUCUGCUUCUUCAACGUGGAGCUCAGCAGCAGCGGAGCGAGCACUUGGCGCUUGGUGCUGACCAAAGUGGCAGUGCAGAACCACGUCAAGGAGUUCUUCGAGUCGUUCGGACUGGUCAAGAUUUGCAUCUUGGUGAUCGAUGAAGUCGUGGGGGACGUCGACAAAGUGGACGAAGAGCUGCUUCGAGACGCACUCCUGCCUAAGAAGAUGACGGCAAGCAGCGGAACAGCUGCAACCAUUCGAACCAAGACGAAUCCGAUCUGCUACAUGCGGUUUGUGGACCUCAAGGUGAAUAGUAUCAGGCUCCACGCCAAUUGUUUGGAGACGACAACGCGGUUUCUGUGUCAAGGGCUUUACGUUGGAAUCACGGAUGUCUUCGUCCAGCGUGAGAUGUUACAGCUGAAGGCUCAGGCGAAAUCGCUGGUGAUACAGAGUGGUCCUCAGCUCGGAGAUGGUAAAGAGCGCGAGGAAAGUGACGGCAGUGAUGGAGUGCGGCUGGAAGUUCCGGACGCCAGCGUCCUAGUGGAUCUCAAUUUACGGAACCAGAAAUUUCUUGGGUGCAAACUGUUGGGCUGUGAGGAAAAAACCACAAGUUUUGUUGUGUCAACAGCUUUUGUUGAGCGUAUCGAGAUCACUGGUUUCCGCACCAGUAUUACUAUCGUGCACGAGGUGGAGACUGUCGGCUGUGUCCCGCUUCAGUUUCGCGCGGAUGUUCGGAAUCUGACGUAUCUGAAGCAGCUCGGAUCUUUCAGCAUUGAAAGUGAAGGCUCCGACACGGAAGACGUUGUAAAAAGCAAUGAUGAGGUGAGGGUGCACGUGGAAGCUUUGAUCCAGAACACGCGAGUUCACAAUCUAGCUUCAGACAGGAAGAUUUUAUCCAUAUCCAGUAUCGAGAUGCGAGCGAAGCAAACGGCCAAAGCCCGUGGAGUUGUGACUGGCACGUUCGACAAAGUUGAGGCUUUCUUGAGCCACCGCUCGGAAAAGUUAUUCCGCUCGCUGGCUGUAGCGCAGCAACGAGUGGAACAUUGCCAGAUCGAAGCGAAACGUAUGAUAAAAUCCGCUCUAACAAAGCGACCAAGUGGUUCAACAGGCGAGCGACUCGCAGCACAAGAACGAGAAGGCCGUGUUAACUGGGAGGCGGAGAUGGAGGUGUCUUCGUGGAUGUUGUCGUUCAAGGCCUUUGCUAGGGAUGGAGGCACGGACGAUUUUACUGCGUAUGGUACAGCUACGUCCGUCCAGAUGCCUUUAGCUCCGGUUCCGGGCGAGAACGGUUCCUCGUCUGUUAAACGGUGUAUUGUGGUGCAGCAUAUCAGUGUCGACGUCGUUCCCAGUGGGCUGAGCCCGCAUUCAGCAGCGUUUGGAGGAGCCAAAGUGACGCUAAGUACGUGUUUAGACCCCUCCCAGAACACGAAAACUGUCGGGACUUCGGUUAAGUUUGAGUACGUCUCAAUUAACGGGCUCUUACCAGAAAGUGAUGGCGAGCCCAGUCGAUUUCCAGCGAUAUACCUCCAUGCUGUCAAGGUCGAUCGAGAGGAGAAAGCGACGAGUGAAGUCACUGAAGUUGACAUGGACAUCCACAUCGACACCACUAACGUGAAAUGGCAUUACCGCCAGCACAAAACUUUCUUGCUGGAGUGGGCUGCGAUCAAGAACAUCAUUGAUCAACUGGAUUUGUUGUUGUCGAGUUCGUCGUCUUCGAAGAAGAAUCGACUGCCAGUGGGUGGAAGUCAAAUCGACCAAGCAGCGUUGAAAAUCGUGGGGACGAACGUUUACUCGAAAGAUACGAUGGUGGACGUGGUAGAUAUCCCAGGGGUGGCAAAGUUGGCAACGUUUGGGUUGGGAGACGCCAAAGUUUCGCUCCGAGAGACUCAGCUGUCCGCCACGCUGGCGUUUAACUGCGCGAGAGCGAGACUAGAGUGGGGCGAGCUUUUGUCGAGUAUCGAGGUGACUGAUGCGUCGUUCCAGAACAGAAGCAGCCUUGGUCGACAACGGUACCUCACCAAGAUCCCGGUUCAGAGUGACAUUCGCUGCAACGUACUGAAGAUGCAUCUCCGCCCGCAGAGUCGGAUGUUGCUGCUGUUCUUGCGCCUCGACCAGCUAACCAGCGGCUCCUCCGACAAGAGUGACAGCGCCAAGCGGAAUUCCGUUCAGGGAAUUUCCUUCGCUUGUGGGGCAUUCACUAUUGAAAUGGAGGGGGCUGAUGAAAUGGAAGUCACUGCGAGCAUUGCCAUUACCACGCUUGGAGUCAGAAUGACGCGGAGCACUCCACGAGAAGUUACCGAGACAAUGGCUCGCCUAGCGCAGUGUCUCGGGAAGGAGGGUCUCGCCACUCGAUCUUUUGCAGAAGUCGCGAACCAAGUCAUGGUGAUGGAAGGGUCGGUGUCUGCCACUGCGUUGAGUGCUGCAAUUCCAGACAAUCCCCUGGUUCAGUUGCAGGACACCGAGCUCCACUUCUCCAUUACCGACGUGGAGUGGAGUCAAUCGUUGCUGUGGGACCAACCUGACCAUGAGAGCUCCACUGUGUCACGAACGCUAUGCUUUGAUUUAAGCGUGUUGACAGAAGAUCUUCACUUGGCGAUGGAGCGAAAACCCUUCGAGUCCUUGUUGCGCCAGGUCCCGAUCCUCCAGGAGGCUUUCGACACGAAAGAACUGGAUAAUACCAAUUCAGAACCAGAACAAUCAAACUUCCGAUUGCGCUACGUUGGUAACCUUGACGUAGCUUUUCAACGCGCAGAGCUCACUUGCCCCUAUGGCGACACCGACGGCCGCGACCACAUCGGAAGCAAGGUCACUAGAGUACUACUCGGCGAAGUUGCGUUCAACUUACGUCAGUUCCAGAUGCUCGGGUUCAAGUGCUCACCUCUGCGAGUUAUGCUCGAGGACGCGGAAUUGGUGGAGAAACACGAAGGUGCUGUAUCUGUAGUUCACCGAGGCGAGGAUUCGUUGCAGUUCCUCUUCAUACCGGAAGUCACGGUGAACGCGGUUAUUCACUGGAAGCAUGGGAUCCAUUACACCGGCCAGCUCGAGUACAGUUUGUCGUUGGAAAUCGCCAUGGGGAACACGCAAGCGCAGGACCAACCAACGCACGUUCCCAUCGCGAACGAAGCUCUCGUUGCUAUGAACUGGGACUGUGUGUAUCCGUGGCUGAUCUACAUGACGACCGACGAUGACGAUGGAGAUUCAGCGAAUAAGUCGACCAAAGCGAACGCGACUGAGUCUGACGACGCUAAACGGCUGCAGUGUAUCGGUGUACAAUGGGAUGUAUCGGUCAGUUUGAUGCAGUUCGCUUGGUGGGAUACAGCGACGCAGGACAUCGGGAUGCUGGUAAUGACGAACGAGUUCCUUACCCACGGCGUGAUACGGACGGACAGCUCCUCCGACUCGGAACAGGAGAACCAUCGGCAGUGGAAGCUCUGGGAGUCGACAGUCUACCUGCAUUUGUUCCGUGGAUAUCUGCUUCAAGUCGACGACGACUUCGCCGUUGCAGAGGAGACGAUCCCUGACGUUCUCCCCUUCGGAUCGGAAAUGGUCUCCAAUUUCUCACUGGAAACGCUGGGAACGAGUUAUCGCAACACGUACACACCCGGUGACAAUGAGGACUGGGACGCACUUGACGACGAAGUCGCCGCGAUGUUCGCUCCAUCCAACUCGGUAAUUUUCGACAAAAUGCACGAAACUUUCGCGCUAAUCGACUACGAGUUCGGAAUCGUCAGCAGCCCGAAAGUUACGAAACAAGAGACCCCGACUGGAAGACUUCCCAUGCUGCAGGUUCCCGUGUCGGUGCGAACAUCCUCCGCAGCAAUUUCCCCACCGAAGUCGCCCCGUUCCGCUAAGAAUUGGACGCAAAACAUCAAGCAGAGGUUGUCGCGACUCAAGCGCCGGUCUGCGUCGACGGAUAACCUUUUCCUGAAGGACGGGUCGUGUCCGAUCCAAGUUGACUCCAUGAGACUUCUAUGGACGCUUCAAACCCGAGACAGCGUCUUCUACAUGGUCGCUACGACUGUCGAGAGCCUCCAACUGCUUCUGAACGCUCAGCGAGAUGCCAGCAAGGAGCAACGCGAAGCCGACACGACCUCAGCUUCACCUUACCGUCUUGGCAAGAGCAGCAGCGUUCGGUCAGCCUCCUUUGUAUCCAGCAGCACUGACACCGAGCUGGUUGACGCAAGCAUCGAGACUCCGCGAAUCUUCAAUCGUCGGGGCAGUACGCGUGACACGUUGCUCGACUUGCUGCAACAAGGCAAGCUGGGCAUGAGUCAGCAGGACUCCGACCGUGAAAUGUCCUCUAGAUCUCUUGACGACGACAGCGGUUCCUCACGUGGAAGCCUCGGUGAAGACACGAGCGACUACGACGCCCCGAAAGUGGCGAUCGCGAUGAAAGCUUACACGGUCGACAUCCACGAUGCGCAGAUCAACGUGCGCGAGGAGAACACACGCAGCAAUAUGCUGCUGGCGUCCAAGCACAUUCACUUCGAGAUCGGAACCGAUGCGGGCGAGAACAACACGGUAGCGAAUCUGACCUUCGACAACGUUACAGCUCAUGUGGCCCCCAUCGACGUUGACAUUUCAGCUGGUGUGUUGUGGUAUUCUCACGCGGAUGUGGGUUCUCCCUCGGCCUCAGGGUCAACACUGCUGAAGCAGAUCAUGGACGAAUGCAGUCUUACCACGUCGUACACCCACGCGCGAGUCACCAAUGCCACCAGCACAGAGGUAGACUUGUCAUUCCUGCAGCUUUCAACCGAUCGCCAUCAAUUUUACCAGCUCAUGAACGUGAUUCGACACGUGCUACUAGCACCGCCGUCAAUGUCGAGGCGACCCAAGCGUACGUACACCCCGAGGACGCACUCGACUGAGGCACCACAGCAACUAGACGGGAGUGAUAUCACCGUCUUCGUUCCGAAUCCAAACACACCGGUAGCGUCCACGUCCACCAAGAAACUCCACGUCCUACUUGAAGAGGAGCUGCGGAAUCGAGAAAUUCGCACGCGCGGAACAUCGUCCCGCACCAAAUCCACCGCGCUAAAGGCGAUAUCUUUUAAGGUUGUUGGGAUGCAGUGGCGUCUGCGUCUGAGCCCUGAAAUCUCUGGAGCAGAUCACGAGUUCGUUAGCAUUCGCAUCCAAGGGUUCACUGGUUGCCACACUUACUUCACGAACCACUGCACGAAGCUCACGUUGAAUCUCCAGUGGCUCGAGAUUAACAACCUGCAUCCAGGACCUUCCUCCGCGGCGUUCGAGGACCCAACAGCAGUUUUGAAGGCGAAACUCCUGGUCGACAAGCGCUUCGAGAGCAGCUCCAAGCUGACGCUUGGUAACCAGAAGGGGAUGCUGGUGGUUCGCGCUGAAAGUGGACCGAUCGUUCGCGUUCACGGGCAAAAGCUUCGCGUGCUGGAAGUUCUGGAGGUCAGCAUGUUCCCGGAGGUGUCCAACAUGAUCGUCAUCCAGCUCGCAGCCGACUUCUACGAACUCAUUUACAAGUUCUUCUUCGAGAACAUCACGCCACCUGCCGCCAGCACGCAGAACUCGGAGCAAGUCCUUUUCGGUCGGAAAUCCACGUACGGCCCUGUGUCGCCCACAGCUGCGAGUAGCACUCCAUUCGGCCAGAAAGGUUCCAGCUCACCUUUCACAAAGGCUCGAGCGCCUCCGUCUUCACCACUUACACCUACCACAAUGCGGCCGCUGAAGAAGAGCAACUCGGCGGGAUCAAACAGCGGCAUGUUCAUCGAGUCCAGCAGCAACUCGUUGACUGUCGGCGGACUGAACUCGCCUACUUCUGCUUCGAGUUCCGAAGAAGUGCCGGAUGAGAGCGACCCCCCAGCCGCAGACGAUUGCGAACUAUUUUACGUCAAGUACGUCCGGGUGGGCAACGUUCGGCUGCGGAUCAACUGCAACGGCUUCUUCGUCAACUUGAGCCACUUUGACCUGGACCUGCCGCCAUACCUUUGCCAGAGUAAGCUCUGCACGACGAAGAAGCUGCUCCAGAAGUUCGAGUCGCAUCUGAAAUGGUACAUCACGAAGGAAAGCGCGUCGUCAGGACUCUCACAGUUCAAGAACAAGCUACUGAAGUGGACGCCGUCGUCUUCAUCUGCUGAUGCCAAGAAAGACAAAAGCAAGAAACAAGAGGAAGAUACAGCCGCUGCAAAUGCCCAAGUGCUGUUCGGUCCGUAUUCCGGCACAUCUAUAUAGAGUUGUUAACAGUAUCCUGGAACGAGAGAGUUGCCACAUCUCGAUAAUGGACUCCUAUCCACAAAUUAAUUUACUGAAGCUAUC